AUGAUUCUUUUAGCUGGCUUCUUAAUCGACUUAUGUACAUUUUCUCACUACAUAAUAGAAGUAAAGGAUCACGACUUACUCGAGCUUACUUGUUAUUAUGUACGACUGCACAGGCCUAUGCGCUAUCUAUGGUCUUUGAAUAAUGAGAACAUGAAAGGCAGCGUCUUGGGUACCACACUCAAAUAUUGCUACAUUUUUAUGGUGCUGAGAGUCACAUGGGCGUUAAUUUGGCUUCGAUUAGGCGUGUUCUCUUCGGUGAUAAACCCUGAACACGAACUAAGCAGUCGGCUGAUGAAGAAUGAUAUUUCUCUUGGACAAAAUGAAGCUACCGAUCCCGGUGACUUCCUGCUUGUAUACUAUAUUUUGAAUAAACUGUUCAUACCUAUUGGACCUUCUUUAAUGCCAAGAAAUGAUAUGGAGCGAAUAGCCUGUCUUCUGGUGAUGUUGUCUGGCUCUUUAGUGGUGACAGGAGUUGCUGUGGCAUCCCUGUCGCUUGUUAUUAGUCUCUACAUGGCGCCUGAAGAGACCUUUCGUUCCAGGUUUAAACUCAUUAUGAAAGAAAUGAAAGGGUCGCACAUGCCUCAAAGUCUACGUCAAAAGGUAAAGACGUUUUACAAGAUGUACUGGCACAAGCAGAAGGCUGUGUCGGCCACUCAACUCUUGCCUAUCUUCCCGCCAACACUCUGCGCCACUGUUUACACCGAUAUCUACUUUAGAGCAACACAAAAGAGUCGUAUUUUGCGUGACCUUUCCUACCAGUUCCUUUCAGAGCUCGCGAAGAAAAUGCGUACAAUACACUAUAUCCCAAGAGACGCUAUCAUUAAACGGAACACCAUCAGAUCGUCUAUCAUAUAUAUCACCUAUGGAGAUGUUGAGGUAACAAUUUCGCUAACAGCCGAAGAUGAUUCAACAGCGAUUCUUCGGAUGGCUCGUGGUACCAUUUUGUCCCCCCUCGCAGGCUGUCCCGCCGCAUGCACUCGUGCGCAUGUAGAAAUAAGGGCCGCUACAUUCUGUAUCGCGCAUGUGUUGCAUGCUUCGGAUUUGUGGAAGACAGCAUUGAGAUAUGGACAGAAGGAACUUAUUUUGGCUUCUUUUUAUGAGCACUUGGAAAGAGUGAGGCGACACUACUGUUGGAAAAUCCCCGAAAAUGCUGCAUAUAAGAGUAGCAUCUUACAUUUCAAACGCAAAUUAAUGAAUUUGAAGGAAUCGAAUAUCGGGGAGACACCUCCACUAGCGAAGACAGAUGUGAUGAUGGAGAUAGCUGGUUCUUAUAUUAUGAGAAAUAGAGCAGAUGCAUCCCUGACGGAGGAAUCCGACGCCAUUUGCCUACGUAUGACGUUUCCGUGUAUUUUACAGCCAUCGUCGUCACUACAAGUCGUAUGGCAUUCAUUUGUGACAUGCAUAAUACUGGCUGUUUGCCUAACUCAUCCAUACUACCUGGUGUAUAAGAAAGAGGUACCGAUUCAGUUCAGGUUCUAUGACUACAUCGUGAGUAUUAUCUACACACUCGACUUAAUCAUACACCUUUCCACGGCAGAGAAUGUCGAAGAUGGUGUACCUAUAACCCUUGCCCAAACAGCGUCCCAACAAGCACGAAGCAAGUGGUUUAUGCUUGAUGUUAUAGCCACGUUGCCAAUAUUCGAAUUUACUACUAUAGAGCAUUUUGCUGGAAUUAAUAAAAUACUCAGAUUACAUAAGGUAUUUCGAAUGCUUAAAGCUAUUGAAGAUGAGUGCGUAUAUCACAGUAAUACCCUGAGAUUCCUCUCUUACUCACUCCUUCUCCUAAUCGCCUGUUAUCUGCUCGCCGCAUUACAACAAGGAUUUAUGUGUUAUGGCUUUGGUUACUGCUUGGUGACGAAUAUAACUCAUUCCCCAUACUGGACCCCUAAACCUCUAGAUGACACAGUAGAAAGCCGGCUCACUUUCAGCCUCUAUUGGUCAAUAUCUAUGAUUACUUUUACUUCUCACAAACAAGACUUCGGCGCAGCUAACGCUCUAAGUGUGGUGUAUAUAAUGUUAGUCCUGGAACUAUGCAUCGUCUUACACAUAUUUAUGGAAGCAGUCUAUUCGGCUACGAUCAUGGUUACCACAGCUAUGAGGGAAAAUUACGACGCUUGUAUCGAGAGCGUCACCAACUUCCUAAACAAAAAUGAAGUGGAACCGAUACUAACGAAAAGAUUCAAGUCUUAUCUUGAGCUUUGCUGGUACACUGAUAAGGCGUAUUCGAUGACUAAUAAAAAGAAGUCAAUAUUUCACGACUUGCCGCCACACGUACACCAAGACAUUGUGACGAGGCAGAGAAGCAAAUAUAUGCUGUGCAUACCAUUUAUGAAGCUACUCCACAAAGAGGAAUUAAAAACUAUAGCAUCGAACGCAACAUUAUUUUGCACUUGUCCAAAUGAGAUACUACUGAACACAGGAGACAUUUCUAAUGAGAUGUAUGUCGUUAAACAAGGGAUAUGUGAAGUGUUGUGUCCAAUAACAAAAACAGUGGUUCGUGAAUUGACUACGAGACAUCAUUUUGGUGUGGUUGUUUGUUUACUGAGACUCCCUUCAUUUUACACUAUCAGAGCAGUAACGCACGUCCAAGUGUUCUCUAUAUCCAGAAAGUUUCUGAAAAACAUAGACGAAAUACCACAGAUUAAAGAUGCUAUUGAAUUUGCCAAAGAACAACCGGAGUUCGAGUUCCUUCAGAUGCCGUAUCCAUCAUUUGUGUCAUAUAUUUCUCCAAAACCCAUACCUAAUGUCGAAAGAUUCCCAUUACCUAGAAAACAUGAGAAGGACUCUGCGUUUUUACACCCAUUUAAUAGACUUGGUUUCUUGUCUAUAUUAAGGUACAUAUUUCCACGUUACACAAUUCGUCCCGACGGCCCGUAUAUGGCGCGCUACGAGUGGUUCCGAGCUGCCUGUGCGUUGAUUAGUGCUAUGGUCUUUCCUUCCUGGACAUACUUAUAUUUUCAGUUCCACAACCUUAACUAUCUCAGAAUUUUCUUAGAUUUUUCUGCUUAUUUGGACAUUUUACAAAGAGUUCUGGUUGGAUACUACAAUGAUAAGGGCCUACUAGUAUAUCACCCCGCAAGCACAGCAGCUCACUAUUUGAAAGGCACCUUUCUCAUUGAUCUCCUGGCAUGCCUGCCCUUAGAAUACCUGGAAGUUGUGAUUAAGGAGACCUAUGAAGGGAGGUACUUCAUACGUCCUACCAUACAAUACUUAUAUUUGAACCGGCUUAUACAGCUUUAUCGCACACCGAGCGCUCUCCUAACACUGAAGGGAUGCGUGCGGAAGGAUAUAAUUAUUGUACUGAAGGCAAUUCCCCUAUUCUUAGCUCUACUAAAUGUGCUGACGUGUUUAAUUAUUUUUAAUUCUGUGAAACUUGCAUUUGAUCAUGAGGAAUACCAACUUGUACCAUUUGACGAUGAAGGUGGAUCCUGGAUAAAUUUAUACGGGAAUGUUUUUCGAUUCAACAUCACUGAAAAUUCCUGGAACUUACAUCUGGCGACGUAUUUCUGGGUGGUUUAUGAGACAACCAGUACGGGGUAUAACACAUUCAGCCCUAGUAAUUUUAUAGUCAUGAGGAUUUUGAUUGCUGGAAUGAUUAUUGGUGCAAUGAUAACUACUUACUUCUCCGUUCGCGUCAUCAGCACUCGUGCUAAUGUCAAUAAGGCACUGGCUUCCUUCCAACAGCAUAUGCAGGAUAUUGAGAGGUUCAUGAAUAAGGAAAAUUUGGAUUCUGCGCUGAAAAGGCGAGUCUUAGAGUACUAUAAACUAAACUGGGACAACAUGGGUGGCAUGGACUAUCGAAAAGUAUUAAAACUAUGUGACCACAUCACACUACGUACUGAUGCCAUUGUCUUCAUCUAUGGACCUACAUUUUCAAAGUGUCCAAUUGUAAAUAAAACCGACAUAGCGUUAUUAAGGAUUAUAGGACGGGCUGUACAUACCCUCCACUUUCUAAAGGACACGUGCAUCAUAUCGCAGGAUGACGUCACAUCCGAUUUAUUUAUUGUUGAUCAAGGAGUCGUGGAACUGAGAUAUUAUGACAGUGAUGGCAUCAUUGAAAGAGUUAAGUUAGGGAAAGGAAGUCUAUUUGGUAACUUACGAUGUCUUCAGACCAUGCGUAGUACGGUAGAAGUAUUAUCUGUGACCCAAGUCCAUCUAUUGUAUAUGAACACCGUUAAGUUUUACAAAAUCAUCGCUGAAUUUCCCAAUAUUCUUGAUUUGUUGGAAGAAUACCUAGAUCGUAAUGAGAACUAUGUAAUGGGAACUGAGGAAGUUUUAGAAUUGAAUACAAAGGAAGUGAACACUUCUUCAAUUUGGUCAAUUUUCCAAAAGUUACUCUCUGUUACCCAACAUCAAAUGUCAAUAAUACAAAUUUACUUGAUUUUCAUUUCUCUUGGAUGUAUCUACGCUGAUGUGUAUAAUGCUGGUUUUCAAGAUAAUCGUACAAGUUUAGUAGUCGCAUUGUAUUUAAUGGAUUUAGGAUUUUUAUGGAAAUUUUUAAUUUAUAUUCUCAUGCCGUAUUCCGGGAGCGAGAUGGUGGCCUCAAUUUGGAAGGAAAGACGCAAGUGGUUGCUGUUUUCAAGCUUUCGUCUAAAUCGACUGUUUCGAAUCGUAACCGUAUACAAAUGCCUUCAAAACCGUCAUGAGAGUAUUUCAGUAAACCUAAUAUUCACGACGACUGUAUCCGUGUUUAUUUGGAUGACGUUAUUCAUCCAUUUAUCCACUUGUAUGUGGUAUUUUAUUGGCGUUAUGGAAGAGAAGAUUUCACCUAAGUCCUCUUGGUUUUAUGAUGUUAACGGUCGUCCUCUUUGUCAGAGUAAAUAUAUUUGUUCUUUGUACUUUGUCUUAACCACAUUUACACAAAAUGGAGUAGGUGAUAUUUUGCCAAAGACACAAUCUGAGGUUAUAUUUGUGUCAAUACUUCAGCUAGCAUCUACAAUGGUAUAUAUGAUAUACGUCGGUGAAUUCUCAAAUAUUAUACAGUAUUAUUCCUUUCGUUCAUUUGGAUAUUAUUGCAGGAUUAUCGAACUGCAGGAAUUCCUUAAAAAUAACCGUGUCUCCCAAAAUUUAGUAAAUCUGGUUAAUAAAUACUCGCUGCAUCUUUGGUCGGAAUCUCGCGGUGUUCAGUUACCCGAAUUUUUAAUUAAUGCGCCCAACUGUCUCAAACUUGAGGUCAUGUCUGCCGCCUACUUGUACCAUUUACAUGCUCAUCCUAUAUUUAGGAACUGCGAGCCAGUGUUCUUACGACAAUUGGUUGGUUGCUUUAAGCUCUUUACUUAUAGCAAAGGGCUAUAUGUUGUAAAAGAGAAUGAGAGAACAGACAGCCUUUACUUCGUUCAUUCAGGACGCGUUCUAGAAACAACUGAACAGAAUUGCAACACUCGACUAUAUUUUGCUGGAGAGGGCUUUGGAACGCUUCAUGGCCUCGUUCACAAUCUACCCUAUACGCACUCUUAUGUAACAGUAAUGAAUUCUCAAGUACUAUCAUUGUGCCUAAACGACUGGGAACAUUUAUUACAGCAUUUUCCUGACAGUAAAGAAGUUAUUGAAAAAUCAUUGACGAGAGAUGACAAUUCACCUGACGAUAAAAUAGAUAAAGGAAAAAAGGAACGAAGGGUUACGAUCUUUCACGAUUUUCAGCACUCAUCUAAAGCAAAGUUAAGUUCAGGGAAAUUUAAACCCCUUUCCAAUAAAAGAAGCAAAGAGGCAACAGAAUCGCAACGUCAAUCAAGCGACGAUACAAACAGCUGGCCUCUAUAUAGUCGGCAAUCCGAGCAAUAUGAGCCGUCUAAAGAGGUUCCUUUUGCUAUAAAAUCUUCUGAUAAUGUCUCUACAGUUGAUCGAAGAAAAAUAGACUCGGCGAUUAAACUAACUGACCAAGAUGUAUUAAAUGAAGAAGAAAAAGCUACAGAAGCGCUUUUAGCUCGGAUGGAAGCAGAUCAUGAUUCUACUCAAGAAAAUAUAGAUUCCCUACCUUCAGUAGGAGACAAAACUUUAAACCAAGAGGCUUCGAAUGGUAAUUUGGAUGUUAAGCAAAUGAAAAGCGUUGACGAAUAUAUUUUGGGACGCUAUGGUGAAUCAGUAACAGACACAAGUGACAAUUUAGAGGAAGCAGCCGAUGAUACUUUUGAUGAUCCGACGUCUACAUCACGUCUUAAGCAAAGUAUACAUGUAAGGUAUGAUGAGAUGAGUGAAAGUAAAAGUUCAAUGAUAGAGUUGCAUGAAUUAAAGCCAAUACGAGAUUUGACAACAGAUAAAAGGAAUUUCAAGUCCCUUGAUAGUGAUAUAGAUCCAAACAUGACUAAUGAAGAUGAUAAUAAGAGUGAAAUAACUCGAUUAUCGGCGGAGAGCGACAGCGAUUCAUCUAUCAGUAAGAAAAAAACAGGCUCCCAAUAAGUAUUUAAAAAUAUUUCUUUAUUAUCUGACUUUAGCAGUUAAUACUCAUGACAUUGCAUUACAUAUAUUAUAGUUUCAGUUUAAUAAUAAAUAUUUUUCAUAAUCAUGAUGCCAACACACUUGUUGAAAACCCAUAAGAGGAAAUCAUAAAACUAAGCCGGAACUUUUUAACCUAAUUAAUAAAUAAUAUAUUUUUGUGUUACCGAUUCAAGCACUA